GCUGCGGGGUUCCUCAUUUUCAAUAGUGUGCAGCAGCGCUUGAAAGACACGUACCAGCGUGUACGUUUGAAAAAUUAACAGUUUUGACAUUCAUGCCUUUGAGAAAAGCCCUACCAGGUCCUUCAAAGCCGAGUCAAGCUGUUACCAACCAAGCAACGUUGAGGACUAUGGUUGUGAAUCUCUGCCUGCCACAUUUUCAGACCACAGUGCAUUGCAACAAGUUGUGUGCAGAUGGGUAUGAUGUCACUAACCUUUUGUCAGCUGACCCUGCUGCCCGGAGGCGAGGCUUCAAGUUGGAGUACUUCUUGCGUCCACCAGUACAGGUGACACUAAAAUUUGGCUUCCAGGUGGAGUUGUGCAGGGUAGAAGUGGAGCUAUGGCCGUGGGGCAUGGACCGAGGACAAGCCUGCAAGAGGCUGGAGAUCAGCACCAGCUCAGAUCCUCUACCUACCCAGACUCGCAGCCUAGCAGGAACACAGGACCAUGGACAGAAUCAACAUAACAGCUUUAUAAAAAGUCAGAGUAAGGAACAGCCAGGGAAUACAUGGCCUCAGGAAGAACAACAGCAACCUCUCUGUCAAUCGGGGCAGUCUAAUAAUAACCUAUGGAGCCUUCAAGCCCAACAGUGGGGUGAGGAGGCUCAAGAUGGACUUCAGAAAAGGGGCCAUCCUACUGGGUGGAAGAGGACCCAUCAAGAGGCCGGGUCAAACAGUAAAACCAGUCAGGCAGAGCCACAGUUCAAACUGGUAGGCCGCUGUGAACUGAGGGAGGAAACCCUGGUUUGCUUCUCCCAUCCGCAUUUUCGCCCCCGGCCCCCAUUCCCAUCUCUUCCUCCACCACAGCCUACAGAGUGUCGGCAGGAGGCGCUGUGGAGCAGGGGUUUUGUCUCGCUAGGCUCUGUGACACAGCUUCGUGUGACAGUGCCCUUUGGCGGCGCCGCAUCUGCCCUGGGGCUCAAGACCUUAGUGGUGUGGGGACAGCCAGCACCAUGCUGCCCUGCUGACGAGGUGGAGAGAGUAAGGAAAGCCCAUGUGGCCAGUCAAAAAAGACUUCCACAGCCAGCACUUUUUGCCCCGCUCAGUAUUCAACCAACACAGCCACUACUGUCUCCAGGAAUUAUUCCUAGCUCAAGCUCUUCCAUGGUCCCAGAGGAGUUCCUCGACCCCAUAACCCAGGAGGUAAUGACACUGCCUAUGCUCUUGCCCAGUGGUGUUUCAGUGGACAACGCAACCUUGGAGGAGUACGAGAGGAGGGAAGCCACAUGGGGUCGACCCCCCAAUGACCCCUUCACUGGGGUCCCCUUCACUGCAGGCUCCAAGCCUCUGCCCAACCCAAUCCUGAAAAGCCGGAUUGACCGCAUCCUCCUGCAGAGGGGAGUAGGGUCAAGGGAAGGGACGUUAGGGAGACAGGCAGAGGGAGAGAAGCCCCACCCAUCCAGGCUCUUGGCACCUAAGAUAGACGGAGGGCACCACACCUCCCCAUGUCUCGACGAAACAGUCGACCGUACCAUCCCAUAUUAUGUUGGUACAAGGAACACAAACAGGAAUAUAAAGAUCAAAGAGACUGGAUCAGGAAAUCAAGUGGAAAAAGGGAUGUCAAACUCCCAGCCUAAAACGUUAAGGAAUACUGAUGAUAGAAGCUCAGACUUGGGUACACUCAAGAAACCAGAUUUGAGUGACAUUUUCAAAGAGUCGGUCAUGCCUGUUGAAACCUCGAUCAGUUCCUGUCACACUGAGAAACAUCUUCCACCUCAAACCAAAAGGCCAAGAACUGAUGCAAUCUCCAUUCCCAGCAGCAGUUCUCAUGAGCAGCGCUUGUCAGCCAGCCUGGACGAGGCCCUCUGCUCUGCCCUGCAGGGUCGACCCUCCUUCACUUCACACUCAUCCCAGCAGACACUGGUGACCACUGACACCACCAACUACCGCCAGAUGACAGAAGCGCCAGGGACACCAGCAGAUGGGAAUACAUGUUCUGCAUGUUCCUGUUCCCUCUCGGUAUACUCCACACCAACAUCAUCUGUCUACCGCCUACGCUGUGGUCACUUACUAUGUCGUCCCUGCUUGCACAGGAGGACCCAACCAAUACACUCUGUCCAUAAUGCUACACCCAAUCACAUCAUGUGUCCUACCUGCCAAAGCCCUGCUCCCUGCAGUGAUAUCAUACGUGUGCAUCACUGACAGAUCGCACAUAGGUUAGAUUUUGUAAGGACAAAUACACACACUGCUGCUCAGUUUUGACCUUGUCAACCUCAAAGUAAAUUAAUAACCAUUUACGGCUGGAGAGUGACAAUUCCAACAUAUAAGAAUGUAAGAGCGUUCAUUUGUGGACAACUAACCUUCUGUCCUGAGUUUUUCAUUAGUUAACUCAGCCCCUCUAACAUGUCUCCACAGAUGAGGGAUAUUGACACUUCCUUGAUGAGGACAAAAUCUAUUACCCAUCAUUUUUGCUAACCCAUGCCAUUUCUCUAGAUCAUUGUUACAUUAUUUGUGGUAAAGCCCAUCCUUGUCAUAUUCUUCAGCUCCAUUUCUAUUUUUCUCCCCAAUUGUACCCAUCCAAUUACCCCAGUCUUCUGAGCCACCCCGAUCUCCGCUCCACUGCCUCUGCCAAUACAGGGAGGGCUGCAGACUACCACAUGCUUCUUCCGAUACAUUUGGAGUCAUCAGCUUCUUUUCACCUGACAGUGAGGAGUUUCUCCAGGGGGACAGAGCGCAUGGGAGGAUCACACUAUCCCCCCCCCCCCCAACAGUCCCCCUCCAACAGUCCCCCUGACUGACCAGAAGAGGCACUAGUGCAGCAACCAGGACACAUACCCACAUCCGGCUUCCCACGCACAGACAAAGCCAAUUGUGUCUGUAGGGACGCCCGACCAAGCCGGAGGUAACACAGGGAUUCGAACCAGGAUCCCUGUGUUGGUAGGCAAUGGAAUAGACUGCUACGCUACCUGGAUGCCCCUCCAUUUCUGUUUCUAUUCUACUAUAGCGCUCACCUGUCCCUUUUUGUUACCUUCCACUUCUCUCUUAUUUUGGUAUAGGAUUUAUAUGAUUUGGUAUGUGAUUAUAAGAUUUAUGGUAUGUGGUAUGUUCAAGAAUGCUCUUCCAAGAUUUUGCUCGGCCAAGGAAAUGUUAAAGCAGGUAACAGGAGCCACUGUUUGAAAUGGCAGCAGAUGGAGAAGGAACAUGAAGAAAAUACCUUUAAAAAGUAUAAGAACAUGAAAGAAAGUCUGUACUCACUUCCUUGCCAAGCUGUCUCCCUCCCCUGGCUAUCUCUCGGGGAAAAUGUAAGUGUGGUCGUAGCCUUGGGUCCUCCAGCCUUCAUAUGUUAAGAAUGCUCAAAGAGAUGUUGCAAGGAUAUGUAUCAAACCAGGACAGGUGGAAAUGGAGGGAACCAAGGCUGUGUGGCCACUAUUGAGGAAGACAAACGGUUGGGGCCAUGCUCAUCUGACCUCAUGCAGCCUUUGUGUUAAAUUCUCUAAUCAUAUAGGCCCUGUUCUCCCUCCCCUCCCUCAAUCCUACUCUAGUCUUACAUGCAAGAGAUCUUUGCAGCCUUUAAAAGGUAGUGAAAGGCAGCCAAUGCCAUGAUAGGCUGUAAUACGGUAUAGAUUGGGAGGCAUUAAGGUUUUUUUUUCUAUGAAUGUGUGAAUUUGUAAAGUUCAAUAAAGUCCAAA